AUGCAUGUCCAAUACCUUCUCUCCACUAUCGCCCAAGUGGCAGCCCUCCUCGUCGGCUUCAUGGCUACAGCAGCUGGCGUCCGUGGCAUCCUCAAGCCCAACGACUUCGCAACCUCGUUCGGUCUUCCCUCGACAAGAUCUCCAGCGUGGCUGUCCCAGCACGGCUCGGAUUCCACGUCAGAGAAAGACACAGAACGACCAGCAACGCCGACAUCGACAUCUGAGACUCAGUCGGAGAAUCCGUUCAUAGCAGUUGUUGGAGUGCGCAACAUCGCUCUGGGUCUGUCACUGCUUGUCUUCACACUGCUGCGGAACAAACAAACGACGGGCAUCUUGCUUCUUUGCAACCAAGUAUCAAUGAUUGGGGAUACAAUCAUUACUCAACGUAAGGGUACGCCAGGAUCAUCGACGCAUCAUAUUGUCGCUGGCGUUGUAUUCGCAUUGCUGGGAGGGUAUAUGGCGAUGUCGAAGUAG